CACUUAAAUAGAAUAGCUAGCUUCACCUGUGCUCCUGAGUCGCAACAAGAAUAUAUAACUUCCUCGCCAUUUCUCGUAAUUCGCUUAUUUCUGGCAGGUGCCUUGCCUUGCCUCCAUUGUACCGAAAAGAGAAACCCUCCCCCUCAGUCUCUCUCUAUUUCUCUCUCUCUCCGAGCCCUCUUCCGGUGCGCCCCUCGAGACAUCAAAGUCUCUGCUAAGGAGGGAGAGGUGGUUGUGAUGGAAGAGCUGAUAAUCUCUCCCUCUUCAUCUCCUUCCCUCGCAUCCAAGUCCAUGUCUCCCACGGCCACUCCCCCUCCCAGCCUCAGCCUCACCCUCCAGCAGAGGCUCCAGCUGAUGGUGCAGAGCCAGCCCCAGUGGUGGGCUUACGCCAUCUUCUGGCAACUCCUCAACCACGACGACGGUCGCCUCCUCCUCGCCUGGGGCGACGGCCACUUCCAAGGCUCCACCAAGCUCACUCUCGCCUCCCGUUCCGACCGCAGGAGGCUCCUCCAAGCCCUGCCUCGCGAUCCCAGCAACAGCCGCCCAGAUGCUGCUGCCGAUGUCCCCCUCCCCGCCCCCGCCGGAGACGUGACCGAUGCCGAGUGGUUCUACGUCAUGUCCUUGACCCGCUCUUUCUCGGCGGGAGACGGUAUUCCCGGGAAGGCCCUCAGCACGGGGUCCUUGGUCUGGCUGACCGGUGCUCGCGAGCUUGAGUCGUACAAGUGCGACCGGGCCAAGGAGGCCGAGCUCCAUGGCAUCCGCACCAUGGUUUGCAUCCCGACUGGUGAUGGAGUCCUUGAAUUGGGGUCUUGCGAUGUGAUCCCUGAAAACUGGGGCCUUGUUCAACGAGCCAAGUCUCUUUUCGGCUCCGAUCUGCUCCUUCCCAAGCACCCGCCACCGCCACCACCUCCGUUCCAGCUCCACCAUGACCAUAGCGACAUUUCUUUCGCUGACAUUGGAAUAAUUGCGGGCGUUCAAGAGAAUGAUUUCGCUCCUCACGAUGACCACGAGAAGAAGGUCAAGAAGAAGCAGCCGCUGGUGGAAGGAGCUGGCGGGAAGCCGGAGGCCCCGUUCGGUUGCUCCAGCUACCUGGUGGAGUCGGAACACUCCGAUUCUGAUAGUCCUUUCAUGGCGGCGGUGAUGACCGAGAAGAGGACCCCCAAGAAGAGAGGGAGGAAGCCAGGCCUCGGCCGCGACACGCCGCUGAACCACGUGGAAGCCGAACGGCAGCGCCGGGAGAAGCUGAACCACCGCUUCUAUGCGCUGCGAGCGGUGGUCCCGAACGUGUCCAGGAUGGACAAGGCGUCCCUGCUCUCCGACGCGGUGUCCUACAUCAACGAGCUCAAGUCCAAGAUCGGCGAUCUGGAGUCCCAGUUGCAGAGAGAGUCCAAGAGGGUCAAACAGGAGGUCACCGACGCAACCGACAACCUGAGCACCACCACCUCCGUCGACCAUAGUAGCCCAUCCGGAUGCGGCGGUUCUUUGCUCGAGGUGGAGGUUAAGAUCGUGGGGUGCGACGCCAUGAUAAGGGUCCAGUCGGAGAAUGCGAACUACCCAUCGGCGAGGUUGAUGGCAGCGAUGCGGGACCUGGAGCUCCACAUACACCACGCCAGCCUGUCGACGGUGAACGACCUCAUGCUCCAAGACGUGGUGGUUAGUGUUCCGGAGGGGCUCAAAGGGGAGGAAGAUCUCAGAGCUGCGCUUCUUCGGGCACUGGAACAAUGACGGUCGGAGAAAUUGCCGGGGGAGAGAGAGAGAGAGUACGUACUGUUUCUCAGCGUGUCCGCCCCAAGAGAACCCCGUUCAAUUAAUCGUUGUGCCUAUAUCCCGUGGUAUUUCCAAUAUGCUGGGUAAUGGGUGUGUACUUAAUGUGAUGUGCGUAGCUGUAGUUGGAUAAGAAGGGAUGAUCAGCAGCUAGGUUUUGUGCAUUUAUAUCUUCUUUAGUUUCUUCUUUCAAUUUUUUUUUCUUUCCCCUCUUUUGUUCCCCGUCCUUCUUUUCCUGAGGAGGAAACUCUGUUAUUAAAAAUAAUAUCAGCUCUUUGACCAGA